AGUGAUCUUGGCUACUGCUAUAGAGCUGACUCCUUGGCCUUAGGUCUACUCAGAUAGACCUAAGAAUCUAACGUCAAAACUGACAGCAUUUUCAAAAUUGAACAGUGAUAAUUUUAACAUUUGAUGACUUCAUGUGUGAAAAAGGAGCUUGGAAACUUGAAAAGUUAUUUGUGCCCAGCGCGCUGGUAAAGUUAAACGAUGGCCAAAAUCGCUUCUAAGUUCUUUGUAUUACUUAUCGCCAUUCUAAUAGCAUAUUUUUGGUUUAUGAAUUGGUCUUCAUCCUUCACGCCUACAAUGUCUAAAAUACAACAGUUGCCAGAGACAAGGGUCAUCGUCACGCUAAAACAAUCGAAUGAUUCAAAAACAUCUGAGGAAAUACAAAGUAAAAGAGAAAUGACCAUCGACGAGUUAAUGGAGAAAUACUCAACUAUAAAUGAAAGACGAAUUGACUAUACACGAGAAAUGUGUCACAAACAUCGAAGUACUAUCCCAAAGAUGAAAACACUUCCAAAGCUACUGGUGAAUGAGAAACAUAAGAUUGUUUACUGUCAAACGCCUAAAGUUGGUACAGUUAGUUGGUGCAAAAUUUUUUUGACUCUUUCUGGAUAUAAGAUUUAUUCAGAUGUGCUAAAAAUGACUGCUCCGCAAGUGAGUGCCGCAUGGAAAAAGCACGUACCACUAUUAUCUCAUUAUUCUAUCGCAAAACAGAAGGAAAUAAUGUCCAGUUACACCAAGAUAAUGUUUGUAAGGAACCCUUUAACACGAUUACUGUCAGCCUACAAUGAUAAGUUAGUUGCAAAGAAUGCAAGUGACUACAACUUAUCAUCACAACGCUGUUUGAGCCGGAAAAUUUUAAAAAAUUUCAGGCCAGGAUAUACCACCAAAAAUUAUGAUCCAACAUUUGGAGAAUUUAUUAAAAUGAUCGUUUCCAAAGACAACUACAUUUCCAACAUCCAUUGGAGAAACAUGCUUUCAGUAUGUUAUCCAUGCGACAUUGAUUAUGAUGUCAUAGGACGAUUUGAGGAUAUUGAGAAUGAUUCAAACUAUAUACUAAAUCGUGUCGGAGCUGAUCUUAAGUUUCCAGCAUCAACUGGAUUCCAUUUUACAAAUAGUUCAAAUUUUGAAAAGGUUAAAAAAAGCUAUGCUAACAUUCCAGAUUCAGAUCUUGUUAGUUUAUAUCAGAAAUAUCAAAAUGAUUUUUUACUGUUUGAUUAUAAAGUCAAAAUGGAAUUUUUAAUAUAAUAAUGAUAAUAAUAAUAAUAAUAAUAAUAAUAAUAAUAAUAAUAAUAAUAAUACUGUUUAGAUAUGUGGCAUGUUCAGCUAAAGAUAUAAAAUUUGCUCAUAUUUUAUAUCACAUGUCUAAGGUUUUGUAUACUUUUGACAAUUUAAAAUAUGCUGCCACCUAAAUCAUCUAUAAUAUAGACAUUAACAACAUAAAUAAUAGGUAGUUGCUAAAUACAACGGGUUCAGCCGAGGGGCGUGGCUUCGUAUGUUGACGUCAUGCAUAAUUUCAGCUACAGUUCGUCUUUCAGUAAUAGUUCGUCCUCGACACAGAGUGGGCUGUACCAUGGAGGUAUUUUAUACCUCCAUGGCUGUACUUUGUCUGUGGAUUGUCCAACAUUAACCCCAUGAACAAAUUAUCUUACAGGGUUGAAAAUGGGCCUAAUAAAUUAAAAUUACAACUUUAAUUACAACAUAACUGCUGAAGUUAAGAUUUAUUACUUUUUAGUGUUUUACAAUAUUGCCGGCUAUAUUACACAAAAAGAGAAGGGGAACGAAAUGUUAAAUAUUUAAUUCAUAAAUAUAUUAACUUUCCAAUGUCUGUAUUGCAAUUGGUGUUGUAUAAAAGUUCAUAACAACUUGGUGCAGAUUCUUCAAUACGCUAGAGCCUUACAACAGAUUCUCCAUAGGCCUAAAAGCCUAUGACAGUGGCUGAUCUAGGAUACAUUUUCUGGGUUGGUGGGGGGGGGGGACCGGGAGAGCUAAGCUGUCCGACAGUAUGCUUGAGCUUGUAUUGAAUGCCUAAGGAAGGGGAGGGUUUGGGAGAUGAAACCUCUGGAUGGCCGGAAAUAGUACUCUACGAAUGUGAAAAACACGUUUUGGCUUGGUGUGGCCCAUAUUUAAUUUGGCUUUUUUUCUUGAUCCGACUGCCCGACGAACUCAGUCGGGAGCCUUGACUCAGUCCGAUAGGGGUAAAGGAUUAAGCCCCAUUCUCCCAAGCCCCCGCUGGCUCUGCCACCUAGACAGACUGUCGCGUGUUGCUGGAAGCACUGUGGCCUACUACUAUGCCUUGGCUGUGUCUCAGACUACUGGAGAGGCCUCCUGGUGGUCCAACCUAUCUUAGAGCAUGGAGGUAUAAAAAUUAGAGGGGCCUAGACCUACACGAUCGUCCAUACUUUGGGCCAAUCGUCUGGAAAUGGACUCGAUGUCUCAUGUUCACCCGGCCGUAGCAGCAGCAGCAGCACAAACAUGCACAAACCAGGGAAGUAUUAAUCUAAGCCUCAGGCAGCUCGCUAUACGUCCCAUUGGUCACACGAUGUAUGUGUGAUGUUUUUAGGUAGACGGUAUAAGUACAUGACGUGUCACCAUACAAGCCAUGCCCCCUCGGCUGAACCCGUUGUAUUUAAUAGCAACUACCUAAAUGAUACUAUUUCAAUGUGUAUGUUUUAAAUUUAUUAUACAAACUGGUGUUUAGAACGAGAACAAACAUAAAGGCCGUUUAAAUACUACCGUUCCUAAAGUUUUUGCAUAUCCUUAAAUUUCUGGCAGCAAUUUUGAGCACUUUUUGUAUUAAUGUUUGUAAAUCAUUGAAAACUAUUUUUUUUUAUCAGGAACUUAUUAAAAUUUGAUAAUAUUUUACUGCAAUGAUGAUCACUUACUAUAACAACUUACUAUAAUAACCAAUUAUAAAAGCUAAAAUAUGGUAUUUUAACACUUUGUUAUGCUUUUGCAGGUAAUCAACAUAAAAGAAUAAAUAAAAUCAAAGAUCAGCCAGGA